AUGAAUGGAACCACUACUAUUCCCGAGUACAAGUUUACGUCUUCCCCCCAAAGUGACAACGGUAAUUCUUCCAUGAUUUUUGAGAGAACUGUUGAAGACGCUUGUAGUAGUAGACCUUUUUCACGUCAUGGUUCAAGUGUAAGUCUUUUAUCAAGAAAAUAUAGCAAUCAAAGUACAGGCGGUGUCGGCAUCCCAGUUACGGCUUCGUCCUCAAGAUGCGGUCAUAGGACUCCGAGAACUUCACAGCAUUCCUCGCCUUCACAACAAGGGAGUCCUUUAGAUUCGCCUGAGUUGGUGCCGGGAACUGGUACAGUUAAUCAUAGAAGACAUUUAGAAAACUUUGUUGCACCUGCUUUAGAUGCUUCUUGCUCUAUUAUUGCAGAUGAAUCUGCAAAUCUUAAUGAUCUAGAUAUCGUUUACAUGAGAAAGCCAAGUACUAUUGGGUUAGACCUGGCCCUCGGCAGAACGAGAAGUAAUUCAUAUGCAACGCUAAGAGAAGAACACCAGCAGCAGCAGCAGCAACAGCAGCAGCAGCAGCAACCUGUGCCACCUCCACUGCCAAGGAGUAACAGUGCCAGUGUAGGGAUGGAUGCCAAGCCAAGGACUUUAAGAUUUUACUCCUAUGCUGAUAUGCUUUCGGAUGAAAUGGCAACGUCACCAACGAGUGGCACUAGACCACCGUUACCACACUCCGCCUCAUCAACUUUUUUGCGUCCAGCUCCUCAACACCAACCAAUGCAUUUUUCGAAUCCCUUUAAAACAACAACAGCAACAACGGGUAAUUCGAACGGGUGUUCGUCAUGCGGAUGUGGUAACGGUACUAGAUCGAGGAAGGACUCGACAGCAAGCUCGGGGAAUUUGAAUCCAAACGUUAGAAGAUGCUCAAACAAUGUUUUAUCACGCUCGACAACUUCGCACUUGCAGGCAGCAGCACCUCCUGCCCCUGCCCCUGCGUUAGGUUUGGCAAGAGCUAACAAGUUAGCAAAACCAAGACGCAGAUCUGCAUUCCAGAUUGAAUCGAGUGAUGAAUUUUCGAGUGACGAGGAAGACGAAAGUCCUUUCCCAUCAUCAAAUCACAUGGGAUUUUCUCCGUUGGGUUCGAGAGUCUCUAGAACAAGUACUCAAAACAGUGUGAACAGUCAACCAAGUUCUCAUAGAGCGGGUGGCGGCAGUUUUUCUAACAGCAGUCCAUCUUUGAUGAGAAGAGAAUCUUUCCAAAAUUCAAUUAAUGGGGUUUUAAUGGAAGACACUCUACAAACUGAAAAAGUCGGUGAUAUUUUAAGGAAAAGGAUGGGUAACGUUAAGAAACAAGAUAUAAAGGUUACAACAGGUGAAGAUUAA